AAUAAAAUAAAUAUUAGAAAAGUAAUGUUUCCGGUUUGCACCGGAAGUAGUUAGCAGUCAGCAAUAGAUAGCUGGUUAGCUGCAACAUUUAGGCUGUAAAUUGAAACAAAUCAAAAAUGUCAGCUCAAACGAUUACAGUGACCGUCGCUUACGGAUCAACUAAGCACAGCAUCACAGUAACGAGCCAAGAUGAGGGGAAAGGACUCACUGUUAAAGACCUUGCAGAAGCUCUUAAUCAAGCCACUGGUGUUCCUCCUGCUUCACAAAAACUUAUCUUCAAAGGAAAGUCCCUUAAAGACUUGGAGGAAAGUCUGUCGAGCUAUGGAAUAAAAGAAGGCUGCAAGCUCAUGAUGAUUGGAAAGCGGAACAGUCCAGAAGAAGAAGCUGAACUGAGGAAGCUGAAGGAGAUUGAAAAAUCUGUGGAGCAGAUGGUGAAGAAGCUGGAGAAUGUAGACGGGGAGUUAACCGGAUUAAAGAACGGCUUCCUGGCCAAAGACCUCCAAGCAGAGGCGUUGAGUAAACUGGACCACAGAGUAAAAAUAGCAGCAGAGCAGUUCAUGAAGAUCCUGGAGCAGAUCGAUGCCAUGAGUCUCCCAGAAAAUUUUAUCGAUUGUAGAAUGAAGAAAAAGGGACUUGUUAAAACAGUGCAGGACUUCCUUGCCCGGUGUGACAGGAUCGAAGCCUGCAUUUCAGACCACCUAUCAAAGAUUCAGACAAAAAACCUGGCCCUGGCAUAACAGCUAACUCUCCCACACCGUGUGCCGUAUGUUGCUCCGUGAGCGACCCCAAAGUGUACAGAGAGCUUCUACUGAGAAGCAGGUCCUGCUUUAUUUAUUGUGGGUGUGAUGUGUAGGAGAGAAUCAUCAUAACCAAGAAUCUGGUGCAAACAAUGUUGCUAGGUAUAAAAACAAACCAAUUCCCCUGGUGGAAGAGCGAGGGGCUCAGAUUCGCUUUGAAAUUCUGUUGAUCCCAUCAGAAACUCAACAAAAUGUUCAAGAAAACUUCAGUCAUGAAGAUUUCACUUUUUAGUGUAGUUAAAUUUUCAUUGUAUAUUAACUGGUGUGUACCGUGUGGCUUAUAUGAACACCUCAGCAUCACCCCCGUGUUCUGUAAUUAUUGUCUAUACCAGCAGUUUACUUGUUUUUGAUUUUUCUAUCGGAAAAUAUAAUAAGAGCCUCGACUAGUUUAUCAUAUUCCAUUAUUGGCUGAAAAUCUGGAAGUUAAGUGGAUCAGGUCAUGUGGGAGGAAACUACUAUCCAUCUAAAGUAGAUUGUUUUAUAAGCUUGGGGAUUAUUUUUAUUUUUUUGUUAAGCAAACAUUGUGAAAUUUGUUGUCAUGACUUCGAAAUGGUUAAGAAAGCAGCUUAGGUCCAUAUUAAAACCUUCAGAAAAUGCUGAAAUAUUAACCAGAAUCAACAAUUGACUGAAAUAAAUCUGGCUCCAAAUCCAUUUAGCUAUUUCUGUGUUUACCAAAAAUAAAAGGCUGCUUCUUCAGCAGUUGCAUCUAGCGUCUUGUAACUGUCCCAAUCAGGUUUUGAAACUUUGUGUGAAGUUAUAGUAUUCCAAGCAAUCCCACAGACUCAUAUAUCAUAUCCAUUGGCUUUUGUUUGAAAAUAAAUGCUUUUGAAACAGAA